UGCACUGAUGGAAAACAGGACUAACUCCCUCAAAACCAAUGGAUUUACAUCAAUAUACAGUGGUGAAAGUGAGAGAAGUCAGGCCCAUCCCUGCACUGCCAGGUUAUCCACAUACUACUGCCUAAAUUCCCCCAAACCCAUCCCUGCAUGCACAAGGCCCAGUCAAACCUAGGGUGGAUUCUCAGGGGAUAACCUUUUUCGGUGUUCCACAGUCUUGGUCAACAAUCUGGUGCAGCUGUUGCCAGGAUAACCAGCAAAGCUGAAAUUGUAGGAGCAGAUUCAGCUCUGGUUUAUCCUACAGAAGUAAAGAUAGCUACUCUCCUGAAUUUGGCCCUUAGCCGCCAACUGCUCUAGGACAGCCCAUAGUAAAACAGCGGCUAUUUUACGGUGAUCUGUGCAAUGCACUUCUGAGGAGUUGAAAGCUGCCUCACUAUUGCCCUCCUCACUCAGACACACCCUAGUCCCCCUCCCCCAGCUAUCCUUAAAUUACCCAGGCGCAGGCCACCGUGCUGGGGCCUGGGUUCAUUGCAUUCAUUUUAUGCAAACAUCCCAGGGGUGAUGUACAAGUUUAAUUCUAAUUUUUAAGGGCCAGAUCCUGGGGCUCCCUGGGCGCCACUGGCGAAAGGCCCCACAUUGGUCGAGGGGAGUUCCCGGCAGGGGACGCUGUGCUGCUCCUGCGGGGCCGGGGCCCGCAGCCUCCUCGCUCUUCUCAGCGGGCAACAGGGAUGGGACAGGCCGCUUGAGCUCCGCCAGCGCCGCUCCCACUGGGUUACACAGGAAGUGGGGGGAAGGGUUCGCUCCGUUCCCUCUUCCCACGCGUCGCCCCUCAGGAGAGCCGGCGUGAGAGUGCAGCACUCCAGAAUGUUGAGAGGAAUCGCUAAUAGUGCAACACACGUAUUUACACUUUCGUUGGCUAAAUCUCAGCGCUGCAAACCAAUGGUGACUCUCUCAUCCCUGUGGAAUAAAGUAAAGGAUGGAAGCUUUUUACAGCAAUCUAGUUAUACAACUGAUAUAAAAUCGAAAGCGGAGAACAAAAGAACUGUGGAGAAUCUCUACAGAUUAUCCGUUGAUGUUAAAAAAAUUCGGAGACUAAAGGAGUGGGUCCUCCUUCAGGAUGCAGCCUAUGUUAAAGAAACUGCUCAUAUUUUACGAGAAAUGGGAGCUGAUAAGACUGCCAUAGCAAAUAUUUUGGAACGUUGCCCAGAGGCAAUCCUCCGUACCCCAGCAGAGAUAAACUCUCAAAGAGAUCUGUGGCAAUCAUUAUGCCAAAAUGAAAAACUGGUCAAAUUAAUAGAACAGUUUCCAGAGUCUUUUUUUACUGUUGAACAUCUUGAGAACCAGAAAUCUAAUGUUCAGUUCUUUCAAGAGUUGGGACUGAAGAAUAAUAUAAUCACCAGGUUCUUCACAAGUGCCCCUGAUAUUUUUUACAAGCCUGUUGAGAAAAACAAGCAUAUAGUAGAGACAUUACAGACAACAUAUCUAAAUUUAGGUGGUUCUAAUGCCAAUAUGAAGAUCUGGCUUCUGAAAUUAUUGAGUCAAAACCCAUUUAUUUUGUUAAAUACCUCCAUAGCAGUUCAAGAGAACUUGGAGUUUCUCCAGAAGAAAGAUUUCACUGAUUCUGAAAUUCUGCAACUGCUAUCCAGGCUUAAAGGUUUUAUUUUUAAUCUUAGCCCUAACACUAUGCAGAAGAGCAUGUUUUUUUCCAAAGAUGUUUUUAAGUGCAAUGAUCAAGAAUUAAAAGAGCUAGUGUUGAAAUGCCCUGCUCUUCUCUACAAUUCUGUUCCAAUUCUGGAAGAAAGACUCAAGGGACUGUUGAAGGAAGGAAUUUCUGUAGAUCAGAUUAAAGAGACACCAGUGGUGCUGGAGCUGACAUCCCAAAUUGUGCAGUACAGAAUUAAAAAGUUAGCUGCUUUAGGAUACAAUAUAAAAAAUGGAAAUCUAGAAAAUUUGAAUGGAACAAAAAGAGAUUUUGAAGCCACUUAUUGUAGGAUACAAGCAAAGAGAGAGAGACCAAUGUUUAAUCCUGUUGCUCCUUUAGAUUAAUUUGAAUGCCUUUAAUUUAUUCAAAAAGGGAACUUUAUCCCUCCUUAACCUUAGCCAAUUUGUAGUCUGCUGCAUGAAGUUGUGGCUUUAAUUCAUAGUUCACUAGUACUUUUAAAAAUUGUAUUACAAAAUGUGACCAUAAUAAAAGGUUAGCAAUAUCAUGUAAAUUAUAACAAUAAGGACUAGAUUUUUAGAUUGUAUCCCAAGCACACAAUUUUUAAAAAAGUUUCCCCUAUCAAACUGGCUACCAACUUACCUAGGUCUUUAGCGGUUGGUGUUGCACUGGCCAGUCUAUGAUAAUGCUGAGAGCGAUUAUACUAACUAACAAGAAAAGUUAGCAUCAUGAAUUUUCAAUACUGUUCAUCAGGCAGCAGGUAAGUAAAAGGCUCUCAAAAAGUCCUUUAGGUAACUGCCACUGAAACAAAGAGGCCACUGGAGGUUGAGCCCAAAUUGAAGCUGGCAGUCUGACAGGGUGGAAGGAGAUUACAGAGCUAGAGUCUCCACUGAGAGGAUGUGCAAGGACUAUUUACCAUAUUUAUGUACAAAUCAUUACUAUAAGAGGGCCCUGUCACCAUCUUAGUGUGGUCUCUCAUGGGGUCUCAUCUUCUCCUGACUGACCUUCCUAGUGUUCUUUCAGUUAGUUCCUGGACCUUCAUCUCCAAUUAAGUCCAUCAGCUCUUCACAUUUUGGGUUUGCAGUCUCUUGGCUGUUUUCUUGGAGAGAGCCUGGUACUAUUCUUUUCUGCCUCCCUUUCCUUCUCUGUACUCCAUUUUUUUUCUUGUUUCCUCUAUUUGUUGCAGCUGUGGAUGCCUGCUUCCAUGAUUGGCAGCUCUAGCAGAGCCUGGGGUUCUGAUCAAGCUGCUUGCUUAUAAACAGGAACACCCCGCCCCCCGUCUAUGCUCAGUCUGGGGUUUGUAUACCCCAUUACAGGCCCUCAUCUGGUUGGGGAUUCUGGGAGCUAAUAUAAUGCAAACAAAUAACAAAAUGGUUCUAGAGGGUCUCUUUCAAGGUUAUGAAACCUCAAGCUGGCUCCUCUUGCAGGAACUCUCUAUUUUUUUUUUUUUUGGCCUUGGCUUCUAUCUGUAAUUCCCCCUUCUCUUCCUUGGCCUAGAAAGAGAACAGGAUCAGAAAGGGAAUUAGCUGAGGUAAAGACUGUGCUUCCAGAAGAAAGGAGGCAAAGAAGUCUGAGGGGAAGAGUGUGGUCUUGUGCCUUUUACAGUAGCUGUGGCUCAGGCACAAGUCUUUGCUUUUAAACUGGUCAACAUUAAAAGUGGACAAGAUAUACAAACAGCCACUGCUGUUGUUUCCUAAGCAUAUGGAAAAACUGAUAUCUUAGAUACCAUGAUGUGGUAACCAUUGAGAAAUGCUGACCUUUUAUAGCAGCUAUUGUAGGUAAUCAUUAGGCUUUGUGAGUGUGAAAGAAAUGAUACAUGACAAAAAACAGUCAUUAGAUGUCACCUGACAAAGUUGUCAGGGGUUUCUGCAUAAGCUUUCGUGAGCAAGUGGUCUGUAUAUAUUCCUCCUUGGCAGGCAGGAGAUAAUGCAUGAAAGAGCAGUGAGGUGAGCAACUGCUAAGGGACAUGUUUCAUAUUUAAAAUAUCUGGAAACUCAAACAUUAUAUUCAAACAAGUGUGAUCAAAAUUAUCAAACUGUAAAUUGAUUUAGUAUCAAAUUUCCAUAAGAAAAACUUACUAAAUUCUUGGGGCUCAACAAUGAACCAAAAUUGUUGACUACAAUGGGAGUUUUUGUUGUGCAUGAAAUACAAGAUCAGGUCUGUUCUCUUUGAAGUAACCCUGCUGUAUACGUGAACUGUUAUUUUGCUUGUCAUGAAUAUACAUUUCAGAUACAUGCAUACAGUACAAUUGACUGUAACACUUGCUAUGUUCGCUAUAUAAUUAAGGACAUGUUGGCAAUAAAUCUGUUUUUUCUGUUUCCUCUUA